AUGAAGUGGAUCCACCGAGACAUCAAACCGGACAACUUCCUCAUCAGUGCUUCCGGUCACCUCAAGAUUUCCGACUUCGGCCUGUCAUUUGAUGGACACUGGGCGCACAGCCAGUCCUAUCACACCAGUCAGCGACAAGGGCUGCUGGACAAGCUGGGCAUCAAGAUCCGUGGCGAUGAGCAAGACACGAUCGAGGACUUUGCCAAUGAACAGGCAGAAGAGGAUGAAGAGGAAUCGCCCACCAGAAUCCAUCUACACCCAAAGCUCGGCUCCGAAGAGCAUGCCCGCCGCGAGGGCCUCCUCGCCUACCGCAACCGCACACAGCGCCGCAAGCUCGCCCGCUCCGUUGUUGGUACAAGCCAGUACAUGGCGCCAGAAGUCAUCCUCGGUCAACCCUACGACGGCCGCUGCGACUGGUGGAGCAUUGGCAUCAUCCUCUACGAGUGCCUCUACGGCCGCACGCCGUUUUACUGCCAGAACCGGCAGAAGACGAAAGAGUGCAUCGUCCAGUUCCGCUCGACACUGAGCUUUCCAGACGGAGAGCGCUGGGCGAGACCGACGUCCUCGUCACGGCAAUGGCUCGCCCCUGCCUCUGAAACCGUGGUGGACUUGCUCCGCGGAAUCUUGACAGAAAAAGAACAGCGUCUCAGCUCCCGCCAAUACCGCCCAAUCGGCCGCCGCCUCGCCGCAGCGACCGGUAACUCCGCCGGCACAUCCAAGCACGCCUACUCCAACAGCGCCGAGGAGAUCAAAGGCCACCGCUUCUUCCACGGCAUCACAUGGAACCAGCUGCACAUGCAACGACCACCCUUCGUACCUCGAGUCAAGGAGAACCAGAGCAUCACAAAGUACUUCGAGGACGAGAAAGAUAUCCUCUCCGACCAAAGCUCCAGCUUCGACAGCCUCAAGGAACGCAUCAACCCCUCCGCCACUGAGACCGACCUCCGCAACCAGCUCGGUGAGCACUACGACCGCUACAUCGCCUUGCGCACCGAGGCGGAGAAACACGAGCUCGGUCUCGAAGACUGCGAUGACGUGGAGCUUGUGCGGAUCAAGGAGCACUUCGGCCCGGGGUAUGAGACGUGGAAAGCGGAGCGCAUCUUGCAAGUGUGCGAAGAGCGGGCGCAGCGCGGUGAGACGCUAGAGACUGUCGCGAACGGGAAAGACGCCACUGGGAGGGGAGGUGCGAAGAAGGAGAAGCGCCGGCCGAGGGACCGGCUGUUGAGGGAUCCGGAGGUGGGGAGGAAGGUGAUGGAGUUGCGGAAGAAGAACGCUUUCUUUGGGUAUACGUAUCGAAGGCCGAAGGCGGUGGUGUUGGAUCCGAUGGGGAGGCGGAGGGGUGGGAGGCCGAGUAUUUUGCCGUUGGUUGGAGAGUAG